AUGAAAGAGACAGCCAUCCAUCGGGCCAAAUGGAUUCGAGAUAAUGGAACCAAAGCAGUUAUGGAAAUAGUCAAGUAUCCACGUCUCCUCGACACUCCGGGCAUGGACUUUUCAAUUCUGAAUCCUGACUCUGCUUCAAAACUCACCGAGAACUGGGUGCCUGUCUUCAAGGAUAUGAUCCUACAGUUCGCCAGCCGAGAAAAGCAGGCUCUUCAUUUGCUUUCUAACUUAGAAACUAUGUCAGCAGACCAUCAGAGUGACAUCGCCUUACUUGUUCUACCUGUAGUCCUUCCAACAUCAGCCUAUAAGAUCGGAAGGAAAAUGUUCAGACCAACUUUUAUUGAAACCAGGAAGGCUUUCAUAGACAUACAACCGAUUGGUACCAACAUGGCUGAAUACCUGCGAUCAAAAGGCACAAUCGAAUUUCCCUAUGUUCUCAUGCUGGGAGACAACCAGUGCUUUCAGGCUUUUGUUAUACUAAAUGGAGAAGCACUUGAGCAAGAAACAUUGCUGGCAGCAGUAGAUGUUUGCUUUAAAGCAUUCUACGUCUUCGAUAUCAUUUACCCCAAGCAGUGCUCCCCCGUCUGGCAGUUUCUACAGACUGUGGUGUUUGGACUUCUUGGAGAUGAAACUCCAUCAAUAAGAAUUCUACGUGUUUUUAUAUCUGCUGCUAAACAGUAG